AUGGUGGCUAGAUUUUCUCAACUGACCCAGUUGGCACCUGGAAUAUUUCUUGGUGCUUAUGGCUCAUUGGCUAACUUGGACUUGCUUAACAAGAAUAACGUGAAAGUUGUGGUCAACUGUGGUUCUACAUCGCGCUUCCUUCAGUUUCUCGACAUACAACAGCCAGUAUUAUCUAGCGACAUCAUUGUGUUGAAUUUUGACACAAAUAGCUUGAACACUGAUAAAGCAUUCAAGGACUUCCAUUCUCGUUUUAACAGAAUUCUUCAGAAUUAUUUGGCGUUUUUUUAUAACUACAAUGAUGAAGUGAAAUACUACAUUAACCUGAACUUUGAAAAUGCGAAAUUGACGUUUGAGUCUCCUACUAUGAAUGGGAUGCCAUUAAAGCUGCUUUUUAAUGUUAACCGUUUACUAAAGCUCAUCAGAAACGUUAAUACCUCAGUUGGAGUUAUGUUUAUAUCUGAGAAUUUCGGGCAGCAACAUCAUUCCAAUGGUUUAUUGUACGCAUUGGCUAUUCUGUACUUGAUGGACAACUACAACUACAAUUUUGAAUCAAGCUACAAGUAUUUGCUCUCCAUACUUCCCCAACAAUAUAAGGAAGGGUGUGACAUCAUGUACUUUAGUUCUCCAAGUACAGACUUGUUCAAUUUCACGUACUAUGAUGAUGUGCUUUUGAUUGACAGUUUGAAGAAGUUUCAUGCUGAGAAUAGUCAGAUUAAACAGAGAGAGAAUGGAGUGAUGACGAAGAAUCGAAAGUUGAAAAGAUCAAUCGAGUGUAUUGAAAAUGUCACUCCUCAAGCAAUAAAGAAAAUGGCUUGA